UUUUAAAAUAAAGCACCCGGCUUUAUUUUAUUUUUUUACUUCUUUUUAAUUGUUUAACUUUAUUACUGUUGCACCAUUUAUACAAUUACAUAUAAUUUCAAUGCAUCCAUUGUACAUUUUUUUGUUUGUUUGUUUUUCCCAUUUUCCAAUGAGUGGUGUGUUGGUGUCUGUGACACAGAAUGGAAGAGAAACUGGAACUGCAAUGAACGCAGACUUUUUUUUUUUUUUUUCAUUUCCACUGACCAAUAAACAGAACUACAGGUGCACCCAACCACGGACAUGCAUUAACUCCUCAUGAGAAAUCUAGGUAGGCUAAGUAGGAUGAGAGAAUGUUUGUCACUCCCAAAAAUAUCUGGAGAGGAAGAAUGGAGGAUUGGCAUUGAGAUCCAUGUGGACAAGCUAAGUGGGCUCCGUCUGAAAGCUGGCAUUCAUCCACAACAUUAAAAAAAUAUCAAAAUAAGAAAGGCUGUAAAUUAAAAAGAAAACACAGAAAAUACUGCUCUCAUAAAGAUCUGAUUGCCUUGGCACAGGCCCAGUGGGCAGAAUCAAACGCAUCACUCCCAACUCCCAUUGCAGAAGAAAAGCUAUUCAACUCUCAGCGGUGGAAGAGUGCAUGUGGCGGCAGUUUCAGGUACAAACGAUGUACUGCACUUUCAGACGCGAUCUUGGAAAUCCAGGACUUCUUGGUAAAGUUGACUGAAGGAACACCUUUAAGUGGUUUUCUGCCCUGGAUGAGCUAGGUGUUCCUUGCCCUCAUUCUGGUAAACCAACAACCUUCAGCGUGGACAUCACAGCCAUCACGAACUUGUCACAGUGCUGCAGAGUUUAUGGCCAGUUUAUGGCCAGAUUUGGGGGCCUCUUCCCAACACCUAAAUCUCUAUCACAGCGUGAUGGCUGAAUUGGCAGCCAGUACCGCCAGGCAUCCUGCAUCAUCACUGCAGGAGAUGUUUCAGGAUUUAGUGGCCUUUGAGGAUGUGGCUGUGACCUUCACCCAAGAGGAAUGGGCUUUGCUGGAUCCUUCCCAGAAAACUCUCUAUAAAGAUGUGAUGCAGGAAACCUUCAGGAACCUGGCCUCUGUAGGGAAAAAAUGGAAAGCCCAGAACAUAUAUGUAGAGUACGAAAAUCUAAAGAGAAACCUAAGAAUUUUUGUGGGAGAGAGACUCUUUGAAAGUAAAGAAGGUCAUCAGCUUGGAGAAAUUUUGACCCUGGUUCCAGAUGACAUGCUGAAGAAGAAAACAACUACUGGAGUAAAAUCAUGCAAAAGCAGUGUGUAUGGAAAAGUUGGCAGUGCUCAUUCAUCUCUUAAUAGGCACAUCAGAGAUAACACUGGACACAAGGCAUAUGACUAUCAAGAAUAUGGACAGAAACCAUACAAAUGUAAAUACUGUAAAAAACCUUUCAACUGUCUCUCCUCUGUUCAGACACAUGAAAGGGCUCAUAGUGGAAGGAAACUCUAUGUUUGUGAGGAAUGCAGAAAAACAUUUAUUUCCCAUUCAAGCCUUCAAAGACACAUGAUAAUGCACAGUGGAGAUGGGCCUUAUAAGUGUAAAUUUUGUGGGAAAGCCUUGAUGUUUCUCAGUUUGUAUCUUAUCCACAAACGAACUCACACUGGAGAGAAACCGUAUGAAUGUAAACAGUGUGGGAAAGCCUUUAGUCAUUCGAGUAGCCUUCGAAUACAUGAAAGAACUCACACCGGGGAGAAGCCUUAUGAAUGUAAUGAAUGUGGGAAAGCAUUCCAUAGUUCCACAUGCCUCCAUGCUCAUAAAAGAACUCACACUGGGGAGAAGCCAUAUGAAUGUAAACAGUGUGGGAAAGCCUUCAGCUCUUUCCAUUCCUUUCAAAUACAUGAAAGAAUUCACACUGGGGAGAAGCCAUAUGAAUGUAAGGAAUGUGGAAAAGCCUUCAAGUGUCCUAGUUCUGUUCGUAAACACGAAAGAACCCAUUCUAGGAAAAAACCCUAUGAAUGUAAACAUUGUGGGAAAGUAUUAUCUUAUCUUACCAGCUUUCAGAACCACCUGGGAAUGCACACUGGAGAGAUAUCUCAUAAAUGUAAGAUAUGUGGCAAAGCCUUUUAUUCUCCCAGUUCACUUCAAACACAUGAAAAAACGCACACUGGAGAGAAACCAUACAAAUGCAACCAAUGUGGUAAAGCCUUUAAUUCUUCCAGUUCCUUUCGAUAUCAUGAAAGGACUCACACUGGAGAGAAACCUUAUGAGUGUAAGCAAUGUGGGAAAGCCUUCAGAUCUGCCUCACUCCUUCAAACGCAUGGUAGGACUCACACGGGAGAGAAACCCUAUGCAUGUAAGGAAUGUGGAAAACCAUUUAGUAAUUUCUCUUUCUUUCAAAUACACGAAAGGAUGCACAGAGAAGAGAAGCCAUAUGAAUGUAAGGGUUACGGGAAAGCAUUCAGUUUGCCCAGUUUAUUUCAUAGCCAUGAAAGGACUCACACUGGAAGGAAAAUCUAUGAAUGCAAGCAGUGUGGCAGAUCCUUCAAUUGUUCGAGUUCCUUUCGAUAUCAUGGAAGGACUCACACUGGAGAGAAACCCUAUGAAUGCAAGCAAUGUGGGAAAGCCUUCAGAUCUGCCUCACAGCUUCAAAUUCACGGAAGGACUCACACUGGAGAGAAACCUUAUGAAUGUAAGCAGUGUGGGAAAGCCUUUGGAUCUGCCUCACACCUUCAAAUGCAUGGAAGGACUCACACUGGAGAGAAACCCUAUGAAUGUAAGCAGUGUGGGAAAUCUUUUGGAUGUGCCUCGCGACUUCAAAUGCAUGGAAGGACUCACACUGGAGAGAAACCGCAUAAAUGUAAGCAAUGUGGGAAAGCUUUUGGAUGUCCCUCAAACCUUCGAAGGCAUGGAAGGACUCACACUGGAGAGAAACCCUAUAAAUGUAAGCACUGUGGGAAAGUCUUUAGAUGUUCUUCACAACUUCAACUGCAUGGAAGGACUCACUGCAUAGACACCCCAUAACCCCAGGCUUUAGGAGGCUGAGGUGGGAGGACUGCUUAAGCCCAGGAGUUCAAGACCAGCCUGGGCAACAUGGUGAGACUCUAUCAUAAAACUUAGAUAAAUAAAAAGACUUCCA